AUGACGUGGCCCCGGCGAGUGCCUCGCGUCGUGCGUGGCUUCCACAGCGGGCCGCACGACCCGUACAAUGCGCUCACGCAGGUGUUUGAGCGCCCUCCGCUCCGCGCUGGGCCACUGCACGACUGGUCCGUCAGCAUCAAGGAAAACAUCGCGAUGCAAGGCGUGCGCACGACGUGUGCCAGUCGCAUGCUCGCCGAGUACCGCGCGCCCUUCGAUGCGACGGUCGUAGAGCGCCUCCGCGACGCAGGCGCAUGGAUCUCGUCGCGCAACAACUGCGACGAGUUCGCCAUGGGCGCCCUGAAUACCCACUCGAUGUACGGGCCCGUGGCCAACCCGGCGUAUCCGUUGCACGCGCCACGCGCGCCAGGCGGCAGCUCCGGCGGUGCGGCGGCAGCUGUCGCCGCGGGGCUGUGUCGCCUCGCGCUCGGCACAGAUACAGGUGGCUCCGUACGCAUACCCGCGUCGUAUUGCGGCGUGUAUGGCUUCAAGCCUUCGUACGGCAUGCUCAGUCGCUGGGGCGUCGUGUCGUAUGCCGACUCGCUCGAUACGGUCGGCCUCCUCGCUCGUGAGCUGCCGGAUAUCGCGCGCGCCUUCGACGUGCUCGCGGCCGAGGACCCGCGCGACGCGACAUGCGUGCCGAACGACGUGCGCCAGCGCUUAUCGCACGUCGCCACGCCGAGCCUGCCAGGUCUGCGCGUCGGUGUCGUUCAAGAACUGUUUCCGGCCGAAGUCGAUGCACGCACGCUCGACGCGGUCGACGGCGUGCUCGCGUCGAUGGCCGCGCAAGGCGCGGCGAUCGUGCCGACGUCUGUGCCGCCCGUCACGUCGGCGGCGGCCGUGUACUACCUACUCUCGCUCGCCGAGGCUAGCAGCAAUCUUGCACGCUACGACGGCAUUCGAUUCGGCGUGCCUGUGCAGCGCACGUCGACGUUCUUCGACGACGUGACGCGCCAUCGGAGCCGGCACUUGGGCGCCGAGGUGCAGCGGCGCCUCCUGCUCGGCACGUAUGCCGUGUCGUCCGAGGCGCGUCGUUCGCACUAUACACGUGCUCUACGGCUUCGGCAGGCGCUGCGUGCGGCAUACGAUGCAUGCUUCCGCGACGUCGAUGUCCUUGUGUACCCCACGACGCUGGGCGCCGCGCCGCGUCUCGACGAGCCUGUCGAAGAGUACGCCUCCGACGUCCUCGCCGUCUCGGCGAACCUGGCCGGCUUUCCAGCCAUCUCGGUGCCUGUCCGCCGUCGCGACCCGAUCGGCGUCUCGUUCGCGAUGCCAUGGGGACACGACCGCGCCCUCUUGUCGCUCCUAGCCCAGCUGCGGCGCUAA